CCUCCAACAUCUAAGAUAAUAUAAGAAUAGAAAAUGGAAAUUGACCAAUUGUACCACUGUACUGCAGUGAAAAACUCAUACAGGAAAUAUAAGCAAGAGUAAACGCAAUGGUCUCAUACAUGAAAGCAAAGAUAUUCUACAUUUCAGUUGGGUUUUGGCUCUGUUUAGGUGUUGAAUGCUACAGCAGUUGGUCAAAAUGUACAUUAACUAUUCAGACUGGAGGAUCUGUCACCAUCCCAUGUCAUUAUGACAGGAAAUACACACAGCAGAAGAAAUACUGGUUCUCAGAAAUUGAUAAAAAGAAUACAUUCAUAAACACAACAGAGGAGAAACUGUCAGUAAUUGAUCAUCCUGAUCAGAGUCUCUUUACUGUGACUAUGAGAAACCUGCAGAACAAACACACUGGAUUUUAUUAUUGUGUUGUGGAGACUGGAGAACAACCACCGAUAAAUACAUUAUUUGAGGCUUAUCUCAAGAUUCAAUCUGAUCCUGAUGUGUCUGUGGUGAGCAGCAGUGUAUCUGGACAUGAAGGUGGUGAUAUCAGUGUUCAGUGUCUCUACAGUUCUGGAUAUCAGAAUAAACUCAAACAGUGGUGCAGAUAUAAAGAUCAGAGCUGUUACACAGUGGGGAGGACUGACACAUCCCAGAAUUCAUCAGUCCAGAUCAGUGAUGAUGGGAGAAGAUCCUUCACUGUGCUGAUGACUGGACUGAGACUGAAUGAUUCUGGAUGGUACUUCUGCUCUGUAGGAGAGGCACUGAAUCCUGUUCAUGUCACUAUAACAAAACGUAAAGAAAGUGUGAGUGCAGACACCGGCGCUGAGAAGGACAAACGGAACAUGGAGAGUUUCUGUCUGUCACAAACUAGAGGAGAUUUCACCACAUCGACCUAAGAGAACAGAUGAUUGGAAAACGAAAACUGUUG